AUUAAUACCUUCACUAGAUUUUCAUUCCAUUAAUAAUAAUUAUUAGCCCUCGUUUUUCGGCUGAGAGAGAUCAGCAGACUUGUAGAUGAGGAUGAUGGCUUCAUCUCCAUUGAUGUGACAGUGGCCAAUGAGAUAGAACUGGCCUCCGAUAUCUCACUAGUUCUGACACCCAUGAUCGCUCCUGAAGAUUUUACACCUCUACCAACUACCAGACCAUUUGCAGGAGCAAACACCAUUCCAGGCAGGAUAGAUUUCUUUACUACACCCAUCACACUGAAUUUUAUGGCUGGUGGGGAGAUUCUUUUGGCUGGAGAUGUACUGAUAUUUGAUGACAUGAUUGACGAAGUCUUGGAGUAUUUUGUAGUUACUUUAAGUUUUCAAGAUCCCAACAAUGUGCCACCAUUAACUUCAAUUGAAAGCAAUGGUGGCGAUAUAAUUCGCAUUGACAUUAUAGACAACGAUGAUAUCUUUAUUGGAUUUGCCCUACCAAAUACAACAUAUUCGGAGGUAGAAGCCGAUCACCAAAUUCAAAUCAUCAAAGGAGCAGGGAAUUUAACUGAACAAACCAUCAGCUUAGUGGUUAAUUUGUUCCUAACUGCUCCGGAGGGACUUGGAAAUGCCAUUCCUUUAGCAGACGGAGAGGACAAUGAUUUCGUAUUUCCAUCAUCAAAUUUUCUAUCAAUAGGACCAGAGGAAAAUGACACCACUGUAUAUGGUUUGACUAUAUUUGGGGACAAUCUGCCUGAGGUAACAGAAGCUGCUCAACUCAGACUAAGUCUACCCACUGAUGCAACAUUACCAGUAUUCAAGAUCCUCCCUCAAUAUCCCAGUUUUUUUAUCAUUAUUGAGGAUGACGACCUAUUCCGCAUUGGCUUCGAGAACAUCUCGUACAUAGUUAACGAAAGGAUUGGAAUGCUGGAAGUGUGUGUGAGAAUGCUUGAACCUUUAGAGGACACUCCAAUAGGAAUAUUAACCAUCAGUAUUGGGGUUGAAACUGUACAAGGCACAGCAGAUGGCGAUGACUAUAUGGAAAUGACUGGACCUCAUUUUGCCCAUUCUGUAAGCUUUAGCAAUACUAGUCGUCGCAGUUGCAUCAUGGUUGAGAUAACAGAGGAUAUCCAUUAUGAAUUUGAAGAGCAGUUUUCUCUGCGAUUUAUUGAGCUUGAAGGCACUAGUUUACCUGGCAACCUUGUACUCAAUCCAUAUGUCAGUAACAUUACAAUUUUGGAUAAUGAAGAGGUGAGUGUUGGUUUCAUCAACCCACCAUACUCUGCCAGGGAGGACGGAGGACCAAUGAUAUUCACUGUAGGAGUGACUAGUAACCAUAUAUUAAACAGAGAUAUUGAGUUGUCCUUCUCGACUGCGGACGGUCUAAUAGCAGAUUUUGCUGCUAUGGCUGGCCUAGACUACACUUCAAUUAUCGACAUGCCAAUCAUUCUGAGAGCAGGCAUGCAAACCAUAAUGAUCACAGUUGAUUUGAAUGAUAAUCACAUAUUUGAGACUAACAAAAUAUUUCAAGGCAUACUAACCAUCAUUAGUGGGGAGAGAGUGUCCCUAAAUCUGGGUACUGCCGACGCUACCAUUAUCGAGGACGAAGUUGUCUGUCAAGAGCUGGAAUUGCUUGUUAAUGGUAGUGUUGAGUACUCACCUGACACGACGGCUCCAUACCUUGAGGGAACUAACGCUGAGCACAUCUGCUUCCCUGGAGUCAUUCUUAUCGGAAACGUGAUCAGAGUUUGUCAGAGUGACAGCACUUUCAGUGGAGUACCACCAACGUGUCAACGUAUACAGUGUGAAGAGCUGCCACCUCUUGGGAAUGGAUCAAUCAUGUAUCACAUUGGCACCACUUUCCUGGGAACCAUAGCAAUGUACACGUGUGAUGAUGGGUUGUUCCUAGAUGGGGAUAAAGAGAGGAACUGUACCACUGGAGAGGCAGUAAGUAGAAUGGUGUGGGCGUGGACUGGCCAAGAACCACAGUGUGUCCCUUUGUGUAAUGAUCUUCUACCACUCGCUAAUGGAAUGAUCAUCUACAAUGUGUCUGAAGGACCACAUAGGACAGUUGCUACGUACACCUGUGAUGAAGGGUUCCAGCUCCUAGGAGAUGAGAUAAGGACAUGUGAAGAUGGAGUGUGGGCGGAAGCUAGUCCUCUUCGGUGUGUACAAGAAGCUCCUUCACUACUGAGUGUAGGUGCUGUGAUUGGCAUUGUGAUUGGAUCAUUGAUGGUAGUUGCUCUGUUGUUGGCCGUAAUUUUGCUGGUUGCUUUGAGAUAUCGGAGAUAUAAAUCGAAGACCUUGCGUAUCAAUGAAAGUAGUCCACCAGAUCUAGAUAUGAGGCCUGAAGUUGUUCUGGAUGAGCUUCCCCAUCAUGUCUAUGAUUACAUCAGUGUAUUUCAAGAGGCAAACUUGAUGAGUACCACUAGAAACCCUCAACCCUCUACAGCAAGUGAUGGUGCUUCAGAGGUGCAGUUCAAACUAACACCUUGUGAUGCUUAUGGGUCUGGAAAUCCUCAACCCUCUACAGUAGGGGAUGAUGUUUCAGAGGUGAAGUUUGAACUAACACCCUGUGAGGCUUAUGGGCCUGUGACUAUCCCCGUGUACGAUGACAGUUAAAGCUAUAUAAUUAUAACUUAUAACUUAUACGGAAACUGAUAGCUAGUAAUAUAUAGUGAGUUUUAAUUCUUCUCCUCUUCCUCCUCACUAUGUUUUGUAAUUAUUGUAAUAACAAUAAUUUUGUACACUAAAAUGGGUUAAUUAAUACAUGCAUGCGGGAGAGACACUGUGAUGUACAUUAAUGUUACUAUUAUAAACGGAUUAAUUUUAGCGAAUUUGUAAUUGACGCUAAAUUAUGCUCGUAAUAAUAUGAAUCUCAUUAAAUGUACUUUGAGUUUACUUUUACAAGAGCUGUGUGCUGGCUCCCACCAGAUGUGUUGAUAGAGUGUAAU